CCCCUCACCGUGUCAGUGCCACCCCGCACUACGGCACUAGUGAAGUGGAGCCGCGCAGGCGGCUGGCUGGGCCUCGCCCGCGGCCGGGCCGGGGGGCGCUCCUGUUAAUACCAACCACCGGCCGCGGCAAGGCAAAGGCGGCGCGCGGCCAGCGCAUCGCAACGGCGCAACGCAAGCAGAUCCCUCUCGCUUCCAACGCUCGCGAGCUGCGGAGCUUCCCCGCCCGUUCCCGGCGGCCGAAGCGAGGCGGUUCCUUUUCCUGAUCUCCGGGCCCGCUCCAGCGCUCGGGCGAUGAGGGCGGACCGCGCGAUGGGGGAGCGGGGUGGCGAGCAGCGCCGGAUCGACCUGGGCGCGCCGCUCCGCUCGGCGCGACGGGGGGACGCGCCGCCGAGGUGCAAGCCCGACCUCAAGUCCGGGCCCGUGCGGCACCCGGGCGCCGUGCCCUUCGUCUGGGAGCAGCGCCCGGGGCAGCCCAAGAGCGUCCGCACCCGCCGCGCGGCGCCGCCGACGCCGCCGCGGGAGGCGGGAGGCGGCGGCGGCAGCCCGUACCACGACGCCCUGGCGGACCUCGAUCUCCAGGCGCUUCACGGCGCCGCCGACCGCGGCUCCCGGGCUGCCCCAGCGUCGCGCGAGGUGGUGGCGAUCGAGGCGACGAAGGAGGCGAGGAAGCAGGAGGCGGUCUCGGUGGCUGCGGUGCUGCGGAAGCCGCACGGCGACGGCGAGGAGGAAGAGGAGAGGUUCUCCGACGCGCUCGACACGCUCUCCCGCACGGAGUCCUUCGCCAUGAACUGCAGCGUCAGCGGCCUCAGCGGCGCGCCGGGCGCCGGGCCAGAAGCGCGGGACCUCAUGAUGGACCGCUUCCUCCCGGCCGCGCAGGCCGUGGCCGUCGGCUCCCCUCAGUACACCUUCCGGAAGGCCGGUGGCACGAGCAACUCUUGCCGCGACCACGCCCACGCGCGUGCGGCCGCGGCGAAGGCAAGCGCGGGCAGUGGCGACGAUCGGAUGAGGAGAGCGCCAGUCCAGCUGCCGUACCAGCACCUGCCGCCCAAUUACUUGUCCUGCGCCUAUCCCAAACGCGAGGAGCAUGAAGAGGAGGAUGAAGAGGAUGACGAUGACUAUGACGUGCAUAGUACCCGGGGGUUUUCAGCCAAGGGAUGUGGGUUGCUCCCUGGAUUGUGUGUGAAAACCUCCUUGUUGCUCCUGAAUCCGAUGCCGGCGAUGAAGCGCGGCAAGGCCCUAGGACGAGGGCGAGGCAGGCAGUUUCCAUCCAAAGGCAGGGCCCAAAUGGCACAGAGUCCGCUUGCCCGGAGCUUGCAGAACAAGCAUCUUGGAUGCGAUUCCAACGGGCAGCAAUCCUGGGAGGACGUGUAUAAGUAUAAGUUGGAGCAGAAGUAUCUUGGUCAAGGAGAGGAUGGUAGGAGCAAGGUGACAAGUGAGUCAAAUCAUCUGACUUUCUGGAGCGAUUCACAGACUGGGGAUGGAUCUUCACCAUAUCACCGUCCCAUAGCUGGUGGCAUGUCGUCAUGUCGGAACUAUGCCAUGAUGUCACCAUCAAGUAAAGCAAAUGGGUCAUCUAGAAUAGGAGAUAGGGAUGAUAAGGCAAGUAGGAGCAAUGGUUCUAGUUCGCUUGGUAGAGACCACGACCGAACCUCGUUGGUUGGAUCAGAUCAUAGUAGUUUUAAGGGAUCGAGCUCUAUGAGCUCAGGACCAGAUUUAGCAGGGCGUGAAGAUUCAAUGGAUCACCAUGGAGAUACUGAUUCAGAAACAUGCCACUUGGGUGUGCUUGUGGAUACAAGGGCAGCUCCGAACGCAAACAUGUGUGAUUCUCAGCCUGGUGAGCAACAGAUAGUUGGAAAGAAGUCUAUCAUGAAAGAUCAAGUCAAUGAUCCGUUGACUGAAAAGAUCUCUGAAGUUAGAGAACCCACAUUCCCACCGGAUGAUGGAAAAGAUUUGUCGCGUGAUGCUAAUCAGGAGGUUCCAUCACAUCUAGAAGACAAUAAUGUUGCUAGGAAGGAAAUCAUACCAUUGCAAUCUCUGCUCCCUUUACCUGUCCCGAAAUCACCUUCAGAAUCAUGGCUUUCUCGCACUUUGCCAUCCGUGACGAAUAAGCCACCUCCACCUUCUUUUCUUGGAAUUCAAGUACACUCGAAGAAACAAGCUUCCUGGGCCACAGUGCAUCCAAAGGAGAAUGAUCAUAAACCUUCCAGACCACGGCAAAUAGGAUUUGCAGAUGUGGUAGAAAAGCCAAUUUCAAUGGAUUCCGAGAUAUGAUGUAUUCACGUAAGACCAGGUAUUUAUCCAUUUAUGACAUUGAUGCCUUGAGGGCUAUCAGGGUCAUAUACCUCACCAGCACUCAACGGCUCCCAAGAUGCGCCUCCUCUUUUUGCUGAUCACUUGAAGCAGCUGCUGGCUACCAUGUUGUUGGCAAUUGGAAUUCGCAUGCCAUGUCUGGCAGACUGUGCUCUGUAUGUUUCUCUGCAAGUCUGGUGGUGGUUUCGGUUUGAUGUAAAUCUUAUAUUUAUACAGGAUGACUUCUGCUUGCUUCUUUACUGUCCAUAGUGAAAUCAUGUAAUAGUACUCAAACCAAAGAAAAGGUCGAGUUGUUUGCAAAAUGUAAUUGCAUCAGAUGCUCCAUUGAAUAAAUAAAAUGUCAAAACAGGUCAGCCUUCCAAUCCUGAAACAUUUUUCCAUGCAUAACUGUAUCUCCUGACAUCCUGUGUUCCCAGCAGUCUUGCCAUUCUCCUUCUGGAUAUGUCAGUAGUUGUGCUUGAUACAAACAUAGAACUGCAUCUACUAUUGCCUUAUCAUGUGCGGUAAGGGUUGUCUGGCAGUAAGUUUGUUCAUCCUAUUUCAUAUCUAGUUGUUGCAUUUGCUAGUUGCUAUACAUUGUUAUCAUUGGUUGGCGUUGAGAUGGAAGGUACUAAUACAGCAGCAACAAGCCUUUCCAUGUUAUCCCUUCUUGGCGUGUGUAUUGCCGCCUCCUGUUUGGUUUGGUUCCGUAAGACGUGGAAGUGUCAUCAACACAGUUACCAAGACCAUAAACUAGGUAAUGUCAGCUUUUCAUGACAUUUUUCAUCCUCUCUCUUCAUAAAAAAUUUACCAUGUCAGCAAAUUUAAUGCUCAUGAUACUGUUAUGACAUUUCCACUGAGACUGUGGCCUGAUGCCGUAAGGUAGAUAGCUCUCUCUCUCUCUCAUCUCUAUUUCUAAACCAAAAUUCCGUCACUGCAAUGGAAACAGUGUCGGGCCUCGUCACGCGAUGAGCAAAACCACCUUGGUGGAUUGAUGAUCUGGAUUUCCAAUUGUGAAAGUUUUAGAGGUUCUCCAGAAGGUGUUGUCAUGCGAUGAGCAAAACCACCUUGGUGGAUUGAUGCUUGCACGACCUCGACAUAUGAACCCCAGAGCGAGUAAGUGCGUACAGUACAUUCUUAUUUAAAAGAAAGAGGUAAACUGAUGUCAGACACCAGUUGGUGGCACUAGAAUUUAUCUGUAUAUAGUGUGCAUCUGUUUACCAAAGUGGCGAAGUGCCACCCAAAUCAGUCGUAUUCGGUCUUGACUUCGUGCACUGAGAUGAUAUUUUUCUUGCCUUUUGCAAUGGGAACAUUCGUAUCUCUUGCACACUCUUCCUAGGAUGUGCAAGUAUCAUAAAAAUGGUGUUCUACUGCUUUGUUAAUAGAUGUUUUGUUUUGUUGGAUAUUUAUUCUACCAUGCUCGAUACUGAUUUUAUUUUUUUAAGCAGAAAAGGGGUCUUUCACUUAAACAAUGUUUAUCUAAGGCUAAGCAAUUGGAUACGCUCUCUUCAGAACUGCAAUCUCAAUUGACAAGUUUGGAAACACGACAUGGUUAUCCUGAUGUGGAUGGCCGUCUUAGCCUGGAAGGUCUUAGUGGGAGCAACAGAUGUGUUCUGUUUUGGUUGUUAUAUGGUACUCACUGGCUAGCAGGCUAUCAAAUAGGAAAUACUAUAAAUUAAAUUUGUUUACCUACUUCUAUCUGCCACAAAAUACUUACAGUACUCAGAUACCAUGCCUUUUCAUAUGCUCUCAGUUUUUCUUCCUCUCAAAAUGGAUAAAGGUGGACCUCGGACUGCACUUUUUAGGCUAUGCAAGAUUUUGCAGUGGCCAAUGCCGAAAUUUGAAUUUGUGGAACAAAGGUUUAGGACUCCUAUUAUUCUGGAUGGGGUUACAACUACAAACUUCAAUAGCUUUGUUUCAACCAUCACCUUGCACAUACCUGAUGUGACAGUCAUUACACUUCAAGGUGAUCAACGAACUGACAAAAAGAGUUCUCAGGAUUCAGCAUCGUUAGUAAUGCUCGAGAAACUCCCAAGAACUCAAGUUCUGCAUAUGCAAGAUGGAGCAGCAAAGCGGCAUGGAUCACAUCAGUUAAGUUAAUGGAUACACUGAUUAACAUGGGCACGUGUCCCUCCCAGAGUGACUAUAGGAUGUGUAGGCUGACUAUAGGAUGUGUUAGUCUGUUAGUGCAAUGGUAUAUUACCUUUUAUAGCCUCAGCUGCUGUAACUGUAAUACCUGACCACUUGAGUUUUCUUGAGUAGUCUCUACUCCAAAAUAAUAGUACUGUAAGCAGGCUCCAUUAGUACCGUUUCUGCCUUCUCAAAGUUCAUGACCCACUGUUUCACUUGAUGGAUAAAGCAAACGAUUUUU